AUGGAACUGAGAUCAAGACCAAAGCCUCUUCAGCCCGAACCUGAGCCCAAACGACAAUCCGGGUCAACCUGCCUCUGUGGUCAGUCUAUCAACGUAGCACCAAAUAAAGUCCGACGACAUUAUGGAGUUGUGCAUUGCUAUUGUUACGACUGCAAAGGCGUCUUCGUCAAGAGUACUCACACAAGAGCCAACCCAACCCAUCGCAUUGGAACAUACGAGGAAUUUCCUCCUGCCGACAAACGCCGUCCUCCAGUGGACAACAACCUUGCAUCCCCGCAUGUUUCAGAGGACAUCGGAGGUAAGGUCAGUGGUCGACCAGUAACCCGCUUGCAACGUUUGCAACAAGCUCAAAAUACGGAGAAUCAUGAUCAUCCAAGCCGCCCUCGUUUGUUCACUCUUUGGGUUCUGAUCGGAGACACUGACGAUGCGGGCGACGUGGUUCACAAAUACAAGCCUGAGGACGUUUCGUUCUGUGAUGUCAGCCUCUGUCUAGAGCCUCCCUCGGUUCAGCACGAACCCUGGGUUCCGGCUGCGAGUAAGUGGAAACAGCUGCAGAAGAGAUUCCCGGGAUUCCUCAAGUCAUCAAGCGGGCUUGUGCAGGUCCAUCAGUCACUCUUGACUAGCGUGAUUGCAACAGCUUCCGAUGGGAAUGAAGUGAAAGGUGCCAUACGAACUUGGGAGCAGGUCGAAUCUCAUCUGCAGGCCAGAGAUCUUCACUCACACUUUGACCUCGACCCCCACAGAGAUCGUCUGGUGUUGGCUCUUAUGGAAACUGGAUUUCCCGUCAAGUCAACCAUCCAAUCACAAUACGACUGCAUCGAGGACUAUCUUCAAGUCAUCGGUUCCGCUUACAACUCGCACACGAUCGCAUAUCCGAGCAGGGAGGAGAGGAACGCAGCAGAGUACAAGCUGCAGGACAUCCGCGCCCUGGAUGAGAUUGCCGAGGCCCGGGGCAUGUGGAGGCCCACCACAUGCUAUGGUUUUGGAGACUGUGCUAUGGCCAAUAAGAAAGACAUCUUGAAGCGCUCUUGGAGUUCCUCUUCUCUCCAUGCAACAACUGACGGAGGACACGCUUCAAAGCUCACUUGUACCCGAUCUAAGCGCCGAAAGGUCGACAAGAAAGCCGCAAUCAACGCCGAAGAAGAUGGCGAGGGUGUUUGGUUUCACCAGGAGUAUGUGGAGAUGUUGGCCGAAAGAGAACUCCGUGUAUUCAUCGCCACACGACCUGAUCCCCAUGGCACCAGAGGACUGCGAGGAGAAGUAGUGCGCGUGUGCUGCACCAGGCUCGACCCCAAGGAGGGCGGCAUGCAUGCCACUGAGGCCAUAGACAACACGUACGAGAGGCUUGGCACAACGAAAUAUGCGGUUCAUGAGUUCGCCCUCGAUGUCUUCGAAGCUCUCAGAAAUCCAGAAUACGGGUGGAAAAGUCGCUUCGAGACACUUGAAGUGGGCUGUCGACUUGAUAUCUCGGCUAAGCAUGUUGGUGGUCCAUUAUUUGUGAACGAGAUUACCAGAUGGAACGGGUCUCAUUACUUCUCUAAUUACUGUACUGGCGAUCCUCAUGCUCUGAUAUGCAGCACUUACGCCACUGCAUGGAAGCGUUAUGUUGAGACACUCGCUGGAUGA